AAUAAAUUUGUUGCCGGAUAUGUAAGAAACAAUAAGAAAAUCGAACUCGCAUAUCGCCAAGUUUUGCUAAGAAUGUGGAUUCUGCUGCUCUCCAAGUCUAAUAUCUGUUUCCCUGUGGCACCUAUCACUCGGAUCGCGCAUUCAGCGACGUACCUAGCAUGGGCUCCUUCACGGACUUAAGCUUCGAGCUUCAAGAGCUAAUUCUCACCCAAUUGCUCGACAAUCCACAAAUGCCGGCCGCAUUUCUUUGUAACGCGAAUCUCGUGUGUCACCAGUGGCAUGAAAUUGCGACUCGUCUCCUUUUCCAGGACAUCACACUCGUCGCUGCGCAUCGCUCUCGAAAACAAAAGGCGUACAUCGACCAUCUCAUUUCGAAUAAGCGCAUAUCCGAGGCAAUCAGGAAUGUUUCAAUCGUUAUCACAAGGGGACUCAUAACUGUUACAUUCUUGGAGAGCCUGGAGAAGCUCGUUCCCCUAUUAGUUCAUCUCAGAAAGAUCGAGAUAAUCGGAGAUAGCAACGUGCUACUACAUAGGGAUGAAGACAAUGAUGAUGAAACAGACGAUUACAUUCACAUCAACGAGUUGAGAAAGGCCAUUCCUGAAAUUCUUGGCAAACUUGAACGCAGGGUUUCCAUUCAUCUGGACCGUUACGUGCACACGCUGGACGUUAGCUCCUUGGAUUUGUCGUAUAUGACGUCGUCUCUAUCCACGAGAAAGGAUGGCGGCCAUGCCUUGAAAGCCCUCUCGGCAUCAUUGCUACAAUCUUCCAGUGAGGAUGGGUAUUAUCCCUCUCUCAAAACAAGAUACCCUGCAUGCGCGUCGCAGGAGGUUGCCGCUCUCCUAAAGAUCAAUGAAGAACUAGAAAGCUUGACCCUCGAGAUGUCAAUUAUGGCCGAGUGGACAUACUUGAAAGAAAAUUACGAGGAAGAGAAACAAUGGGCUUUGGAAAACAUCGUGCCUACGUAUCACCCUCUGACCUCGCUGUCCCUUCAUGGGCACCUGGUCAUGUCCGACAAAGCCUGGGGCGACUGGAAGUCAUUUCGCUGGUCACAGCUCACAUCAUUGACGAUCGGGCACCCAAAACUACUGGAAAGUCUGACUUUGCGACUCGAAGAUGUCCCUCUGUCCUCGCUGCAGACGUUGAAAGUAUUCAAUUACAAAAGCGUUGAAAGCAUCGAAGACUGCCUCACCGAGCCGCCAGGGAUGGGAAGAUUCUUGCGUUCCACCACAGUCAAUGAACUUUGUCUGGUUGCCAUAAAGCCAAAUACGCUGAUAGACUUUCUCGCAGCUGGCAGACAUGCAGCUAGUGUGCUUGAGAAACUUCGGUUCCACCAUCCAAACCCGAAUUUUGUGCUUUCCAUGACACAGAUCACGGAACUCAAGGGUCUUCUUGUCAACGUCUCUUGGCUAGGAUUGGAUAUGCACCGCCGACAUCUCUUUGGAACUUCACAUCCCGACGCGCACCUCCUGUAUCUGGAUGCCGUUGCAGAGAUGCGUGCCCUCAAACACCUACGUGUGUUUCUCCACGACGAGCCAUUUCUCCUCGAUAGGAUGGCCGAAACCGAAUUCACCAAGGCUGACGCUAUUGCCUCGUUCCGAUAUCUAGAUGUACAGAAACAGGGCUCUGCUUUAGAGAGCUUGGUCAUCUGUCAGGGCCGUGGGUUUUUCAGUGAGUUGUGGAUUGUGUGGCACCUGGGCGGUUCCAAAGUCAUGCUAGACCACAGGCACGCAGAAACCGGUCGGCGAGUCGAGACCUGGGACCUCGAUAUUCUUUCAAAGGUCAAAGAGUAUCCCGCUCGCUGGACCGAGUGGGGCACGCCGAGUUCAGAGUGGAGGUGCGAUCCUCUUUGGGGUUUCCCGGAGGGAUGGUAACUCAUCAAUAUGGCCUUGAUGGUGAACAUGGAGAUGUAAAACGACCGCCAAAAGGGGAACUGUCAACUCGAAUUCUUUGAUUGUAGCUAGUUUGCCACGGUUGGUCGAUUAGUAUUACAAUUAACAAGUCCAUGCAUCUUUAUGUAUUCUUUCUCUUGGC